AAGAGCUUCAGCUGAGCUUUUUGUUCCAGAGUCAAGACAAACAACUGACUGCGGUAGACCUCUCAGCAUAAAGAGUGCUGCACUGAUUACUGGACUACUGUUGUGCAGGCAACAAGGAGAAUUAGAAGGACAAAAUGGUGGAUCAGCUCACAUUCGCUGAUGAGAACCGCGAGCGAAUCCGAGCUAUUGAGAACUCAUUUGGGCCUGCGGGGAAGUCCUUGUACAAGCCUGAUCGGAUUCUGCUGGGAGAGGGCCGUCUAACGAAGCAGAGCCGCCGGGGGCAGCAGCCCAAGGUCUUCUUCCUCUUCAAUGAUGUCCUGGUUUAUGGGAGUAUCAUUCUGAACGGCCGCUGGUACAAAAACCAGCAGAUCAUUCCUCUAGAGGAAAUAAAGCUGGAAGACUUGGAGGAUGGAUUUAGGAUGAAAAAUCAAUGGCUGAUUCGCACACCACGCAAAUCCUUCUACGUGGCAGCCUCCUCGAGCGAUGAAAAGCAGGCCUGGAUCGAGCACAUGGAGGACUGCAGAGCCAGACUGCUGCAAAGUGGCCGCAGGGCCUCAUCGGCGUUCGCUGUCGCCUGGGUCCCUGACCACGACUCUGCCAUCUGCAUGCGCUGCAAAGGGAAGUUCAACGUGACCCACCGUCGACACCACUGCAGGAAAUGUGGCUUUGUGGUCUGUGCUCGGUGCUCCAAGAAGAAAGCAGUGAUCGAACACAUUCACCCGACUAAGGAAUUGAGGAUCUGCACAGUUUGUCACUCAAAUCUGGACAUAGAGGCAAAUUCCCAGGACAUGAAUCACAAGAGGGACAGCAUUGAAAAAUCGAGCUCAGAUGAAGAUGAACCAGAGCGGUCGAGUGAUGAAGACAACACUGAGGAGGAGAUGGAGGACCAUGACCCCAGCAAGUGGAUGUACUCUGAGGGCAGCCUGUGGUCCCCCUAUGUCUAUAUUAAGCCAGAGCAAUUAAAGCACUGACCAUAACCAUAUUCCUGCUACAAGGUUGGGCUUUGUGUCUUCUCUUAGCAUAAACUCUAAGUAACACGAGGUAUGGUUUGUAUAUAGCUAUGUGAAGUAGGAGAAUGUUUACAAAGAAUUCAGAGCUGCAAUAGAGUAAAUAUGAAGGAAUUGAGUAAUACACUUUUGCUGAUUCUUGUGAAUUAUCCGUAAUUUUCAUUAUAAUGUUUGGAAAAACAGCACUACUGUAAAGUUGUCACUAUUUCCUGUAAAUACUUUCUGUUUUUAGCCUUUGUGUACAUUUGAAUUUAACAUGUGCAUGUACAGUAAGCCUUGGAAAUAAAAUAAAAAUAAAGCAUA